AUGAACGCUAAGUCGUCCAAACGGAUUCUUAUAACAGGAGCUACAUCCGGCAUCGGCUUGGAGACAACAUCGAAACUGUGUGCUCUGGGAAAUCAUGUAACAAUCACCGGGCGUACUACUGCGAAAUGCGAGAAAGCCAUCGAACAAAUCCUCACUUGCUGUCCAACAGCUCAUAUUUCGUACUUAACUAUGGAGUUGGGAUCUUUCGAAAGCAUCAAUCAAUGUCUGAAGCAAAUGGAGAGUUUACCAUUGUUUGAUAUAAUUAUUCUCAACGCUGGUCAAAUGUUUCCUGAAAAAUGUAUAACAGAGCAUGGACUUGAAGCAACUUAUCAGAUAAAUUAUCUGGCGCAUUUCCAUCUUGCUAAAGCGAUAGUAGCAAGAACACCUAAAGAGCAUCGGCUGCACUUUGUUAUUUUAUCAAGUAUCCUUAUAAAAGCAAUCACUUGGCCUUUCUGGGCCGUCCCAAGUGUUAAUAAUUGGAACAAGAUUGUCAGUGAGGACAGAGAAGAAUCUGGAUUCCGUGAAUACGCGUACAGUAAAUACGCAUUGACCGUGUUGGCUUCUGAUCUAGAAUCAGAAAACGUUACAGCGGUCGCUGUACAUCCAGGAAAUACGGUCACGCCUUUGGCGCAAAAGAUAACAGGCAGAAAGAGAAAGAUCCUGUCUAUAUUCAAAUACACCUUGAUUCCUUUGGAAGACGCAGCAAAUAAUGUCGUGAGAGCGGUUACAAACCCAUUACCAAGAGGAUAUUUCUACAUGAAAGACAGUAUUGCCAAGCUACCUAAAGCUGUUUUCAGUCCUAAAGACUAUAAAGUCAUCAUCGACACCAGUGAAGACCAAAUAAGGAUCAUGGAGCAAGUUAAAAUGUAA